AUGCUCCACUUCAUGGGCGUGGUCCCCCCCGACUGGCGCUUCCGCUUCAUGGGCUCGUACGAAUCCGUAGCCCACAUCAACAAAUCCUCCGCCAUCCGCUCCCAGGUCGCCGCGGGGAAGCUAGACCUGACUUACAUCCCCUCCAACAUGACGACGGGAUCCCAGGAGGAGAUCUCCCGAUUCUUGACCAACCGCUGGUUAUACGAAGUGGUCCUCCAACCAGCCGAAUGGCUGCUCGUCUUCCAGACCGACUCCAUCCUCUGCGCAAACUCACGAAGGAAUCUAAACGAAUUCUUGGAAUACGACUGGGUGGGUGCGCCCUGGUCGCCGAAUGCUCGGUACGGUGGUAACGGCGGGCUCUCACUUCGCCGUGUGAGCGCCAUUGUCGAAGUCCUAAAACACCAAACGCGAAAAGACGGCUCCGAGCCGGAGGAUGUCUGGCUUUCUGACAGGCUGGGCCACCGGAUCGGGAAUAUGAUGGCCAACGGCAGCGUGUCGAGUGCCUUUUCUGGGGAGCAGCAUUCGGGGAAAAAGGUUGAUAUCAACAACCCUGACCCUGCCUUGACUGCGCCGGCGCCGUUGCUGCCGGAUGAGGAGCUGCCGUCUAACGGGACGUUCCCUGUAAAUGGUACCGCGGGGGAGCCGGUGAAGCCUUAUACUGAGGGGGUGGAUGACUGGCGGCAUGGGUUUUAUGAGCCGAUGGGGUAUCAUACUGGGGGAGGGGGGAAGUAUCUACAUAGCAAGGUGUGGGGGACGCCAGAGUUGAGGAAGCAUAUUUGGGAUUAUUGUCCCGAGGUGAAGAUGACGUUGAAGAUGGAUGCGGCCAAGUUUAUGCCGGGGAAUUGUAACCCGAGGUGGAAGAGGGGGGAGUAUUUGGAGAAUGGGGAGCAGGCGGAUGUGGAGGAAGAGGGGGAGGGGGAUGAGUGGGUGAUGGAUACGGAGGUGAUUGAUGGGAGGGAGUAUCCUAUUUUGAGGGGGCUGACGGCUUUUUAG